ACUUUUCAGAGAUCAUGAGUUUAAUAAAUAGAGUCAUAUUUGUUGCUUGUGUUCUUUUCACAUUUGUUUCAGGUAAGCAGUGCAGCUACCCGUACAGGGCGCUCGGUUCCAACUGUUACUACUUCAGUACAGAUAAAGCAUCCUGGGACGAGGCUUAUGUGAAUUGUUUUCACAAAGGCGGAUAUUUGGCAAACCUGGAAACUCUUCAUGAGUAUCUUAUUAUGCGAUACAAACUGGCAGGAAUGAAAAAUGGACAGCAUUAUGCCAUCGGGGGACGAGAUAUGAAUCGGGGGAUAAAGGGAGGAGACUGGAGGUGGGUCAGAAAUGGACGUGUGACCAGGAUGUCCUACUUCGCCUUUAGUCCUGGAGAACCUAGUGGUACCAAGGCAUCACCAGAACUCUGUUUAUGGCUUCUCUCUAAUCACCAAUAUCAAUUUGCAGAUGUUCCUUGCAAUUCAGUUGCACGAUAUGUGUGUGAAAAAUGAAGAUCUUUAAAUAUUUUUUGACCAAGUAGACUUUUUUUUUAAUC